AUGGAUAUUGGAUAUUGUAAGGUUGAAAGACUGAAAUAUGAUUGCUGUGUCCUGGUUGGCAUUUCAAAGUAUUUCAUAAUUUACAAAAAUGGAAUGCAGAAGACUAAAAGAGAAAAAAUUGCUAUUUUUUCGAAAUUAAAAACUUCAACACGUUGCUGUAACAAGGCAAUGAAAGCAGCUAAGAUUCAGGUCAAUUCAUUGAAGCAAAUGCGCUAA